AGGGCGUUUCAACAGAAUAGUAGAGAUUUCUGGCAGGCAGUGAUCUCACUGGAACCGAAGAACUGUUAAGCUUACAUGAUGCCGAGGACUUGCUGUGAAUGAAUGUCAUGGCACCAUGAGUUCAAAGGCUGUCAGUGGAAUGAGAGGCAAAACUGAACGGUCCUGCUGCUGAAGUCAGUGAGAAAAUUACAGAUACAUUCGGUGUGAAUGGAUGAUGGCAGCCAGGCCUGAAGUAAGAAUUGCAUGACUAUAUGAAGGAAGAGGAAGGUUUACCUGAAGAUGAGGCGACUGAAUCGGAAAAAAACCUUAAAUUUGGUGAAAGAGUUGGAUGCUUUUCCCAAGGUUCCUGACAGCUAUGUAGAGACGUCAGCCAGUGGGGGCACAGUUUCUCUAAUAGCAUUUACCACUAUGGCUGUAUUAACAAUAAUGGAGUUCUCAGUGUAUCAGGAUACGUGGAUGAAAUACGAAUAUGAAGUAGACAAGGAUUUUUCUAGUAAAUUGAGAAUCAACAUAGAUAUUACUGUUGCCAUGAGGUGUCAGUAUGUGGGAGCCGAUGUGUUGGACUUAGCAGAAACAAUGGUUGCCUCUGCAGAUGGUCUAGUUUAUGAACCAGCAGUGUUUGACCUUUCACCACAGCAGAAAGAAUGGCAGAGGAUGCUGCAGCUGAUUCAGAGUAGGCUCCAAGAAGAGCAUUCACUUCAAGAUGUGAUCUUCAAAAGUGCUUUUAAGAGCGCAUCAACAGCACUUCCCCCGAGGGAAGAUGACCUGUCUCAGUCCCCGGAUGCGUGCCGAAUCCACGGUCAUCUCUAUGUCAAUAAAGUAGCAGGGAAUUUUCACAUAACUGUGGGCAAGGCAAUCCCACAUCCUCGUGGUCACGCGCAUCUGGCAGCCCUCGUCAACCAUGACUCUUACAACUUUUCUCACAGAAUAGAUCACUUGUCUUUUGGAGAACUUGUUCCAGGAAUUAUCAAUCCUUUGGAUGGAACUGAAAAAAUUGCUGUAGAUCACAACCAGAUGUUCCAAUAUUUUAUUACAGUUGUGCCAACAAAACUACAUACAUACAAAAUUUCAGCCGACACCCACCAGUUUUCUGUGACAGAAAGGGAGCGCAUCAUUAACCAUGCUGCAGGCAGCCACGGGGUCUCUGGGAUAUUUAUGAAAUAUGACCUCAGUUCUCUUAUGGUGACAGUUACUGAGGAGCAUAUGCCUUUCUGGCAGUUUUUUGUAAGGCUCUGCGGUAUUGUUGGAGGAAUCUUUUCAACAACAGGCAUGUUACAUGGAAUUGGAAAAUUUAUAGUUGAAAUAAUUUGCUGUCGUUUCAGACUGGGAUCCUAUAAGCCCGUCCAUUCUGUUCCUUUUGAGGAUGGCCACACAGACAACCACUUACCUCUUUUAGAAAAUAACACACACUAGCAUCUCCCAAACGGAUGAGAAAAACUUUGCCUGAGACAUGAGACCUUUUUUAAUAAUAAAAUAUUGUGCAAUAUGUUCCAAGCAAAGAAAAUAUGAACAAAAACCUGGAAACAUACUUAUUUAAAAAAAAAAGACAAAUGAAAAAACCAAACUGAAAUCCUGUAUCUGUUGUGUCUGUUACAAGUGUCCUGGAAGAAAUUAUGCAGCUGAUCAGUAGUAAAUGACCCUGCUGGUGUCGCUGGAAGAUGACGCCUUCUGAUGCUUUGGUGGCACAGGGACAGCAUCAAAACAGAAUGAGAGCGCACUUCCCGGCAACAGUGGGCCCGGAGGAAAGAAAAAGGCAUUGGCGAAAUGCGAUUAUUUGCGUCCUUUUGUUUCUGAAAGGUGAUGUCAGAUUAAAAUGUGUAAACCAUAUGGAAAACCAGUCUAGACUGUAAAAACUCAUCAGUUCAUUGUUAAUAAAGGAAAACAGGGCCUGGCCCCUGGUCGUAGCCAUAUUGAUGCUAA